ACAGACACUAAUUUAAAUAUAUAGGUAGGAUGCUAAGAGCUGUCAAGGAACUUGAGCACCAGAAGAGGGCUAGGUGUGGGAGAGGCCAUCAGGAAGGUGACGAGUCUAGAAGGCUCUGGAAUGCUCUUACUGGACCACUGCCUUCCAUGGCCCAUUGUGACAGUAUCUGUUCUAGAGUGUAGGCCUGAGGUCAGUAAGAACUUGGAGAAGAAAUACCCAGAGAGGAACAAGUGGUCCCUCAGUGGGACAGCAAAGCCUAAUGGGUCAGAAGGGCCACAAGGACUCCCUUUAUGAUUGUAAAGGGUCUCCUGUGAGCAGCCUCCAUGAGGCCCUGGACCAGUGCAUGACAGCCCUGGACCUCUUCCUUACCAACCAGUUCUCAGAAGCACUCAGCUACCUCAAACCCAGAACCAAGGAGAGCAUGUAUCACUCCCUGACGUAUGCCACCAUCCUGGAGAUGCAGGCCAUGAUGACCUUCGACCCCCAGGACAUCCUGCUUGCUGGCAACAUGAUGAAAGAAGCGCAGUCGCUGUGUCAGAGGCAUCGAAGGAAGUCUUCUAUGACGGACUCAUUCAGCAACCUGGUGCACCGUCCUACCAUUGACCAGUUCACAGAAGAGGAAAUCCAUGCAGAGGUCUGUUAUGCAGAAUGCCUACUACAGAGAGCGGCCCUGACCUUCCUGCAGGACGAGAACAUGGUGAGCUUCAUCAAGGGCGGCAUCAAAGUGCGGAACAGCUACCAGACUUACAAGGAACUGGAUAGCCUCGUCCAGUCCUCGCAAUACUCUAAGGGAGAGAGCCACAGACACUUUGAAGGAGGGGUGAAGCUUGGCGUAGGAGCCUUCAACCUGGAUGCCCUCCACACACCCAUGCCUCUGACCCUACAGACGCUGUCCAUGCUUCCCACCAGGAUUCUGAGGCUGCUGGAGUUUGUUGGGUUUUCAGGAAACAAGGACUAUGGGCUGCUGCAGCUGGAGGAGGGCGCAACCGGACACAGCUUCCGUGCAGUGCUGUGCGUCAUGCUGUUGCUGUGUUAUCACACCUUCCUCACCUUCGUGCUCGGUACUGGGAAUGUCAACAUCGAGGAGGCAGAGAAGCUGCUGAAGCCCUACCUGAACCGAUACCCCAAGGGCGCCAUCUUCCUGUUCUUUGCUGGGCGGAUUGAAGCUAUCAAAGGAAAUAUUGAUGCUGCUGUCCGGCGGUUUGAGGAGUGCUGCGAGGCCCAGCAGCACUGGAAGCAGUUUCACCACAUGUGCUACUGGGAGCUGAUGUGGUGCUUUACCUACAAGGGCCAGUGGAAAAUGGCCUACUUCUACGCCGACCUGCUGAGCAAGGAGAACUCCUGGUCCAAGGCCACCUACAUCUACAUGAAGGCUGCCUACCUCAGCAUGUUUGGGAAGGAAGACUACAAGCCAUUCGGGGACAAUGAAGUGGAGUUAUUCAGGGCCGUGCCAGGCUUGAAGCUCAAGAUUGCUGGGAAAUCUCUACCCACAGAGAAGUUUGCUAUCCGGAAGUCCAGGCGCUACCUCUCCCCCAACCCCAUCUCCUUGCCGAUCCCUGCUCUGGAAAUGAUGUACAUCUGGAAUGGCUAUGCUGUGAUUGGGAAGCAGCCGACACUCACGGAUGGGAUGCUGGAGGUCAUCACCAAGGCUGAAGAGAUGCUGGCAAUGGGCCCAGAGAAUGAGUACUCAGCAGAUGACGACUGCUUGGUUAAAUUGCUGAAAGGCCUGUGUCUGAAAUACCUGGGCCGAAUCCAGGAGGCAGAGGAGAAUUUCAGGAGCAUUUCUGCCAAUGAAAAGAAGAUUAAAUAUGACCAUUACUUGAUUCCAAAUGCCCUACUGGAACUGGCCCUGCUAUUUAUGGAGCAAGGCAGAAAUGAGGAGGCCAUCAAACUCUUAGAGUCUGCAAAGCAAAACUACAAGAACUACUCCAUGGAGUCAAGGACACAUUUUCGAAUCCAGGCAGCCACACUCCAGGCCAGAUCUUCCCUAGAAGAUGGCAACAGAUCUCUAGUCUCGUCAGUGUCCUUGUAGCUUUCUGCAGCACUCUUGGGCUGCACGAUGAACAGACAGCUAGCUGGACAGAGCACCUGGAAACAUUUCUAAAGAUCACCUCCCCUGCCCUGCCCUUCCUUGGGGUCCACCUGGUGCUCCAGUAGGAUUGCACAAGAAUAUCUGUGCAGAAGCAAAGACAGCAUUUUUACCAGUGUGGCCAAAGCCUUCACACAUACGGGUACUUGUUUUACACUGUGAUGUUUAAGAGAAUGUAUGAACAGUUUACAUUUCUUUAGAAAUACAUCGAUGGGAUUAUAAUUGGUGUUUAAAAAACCAAACCAAACAAACUACCCCCCCCCUCCAAACAAACAAAAGCAACCCGACUGCCUGGAAAGCUGUUUAGCUCCUGACCUGGAAGUUCUCUACAUGCUAUUAAAGGCCACACUGCUUCUCAGACCUCA